GGAGCCGCGCCGCGGCGGGCGCUGAGGCGAAGCGGGGCGCAGCGCGGGACGCCGGCGCGGCUCGUCCCGUCCCCCCCCCCCGUCAGCAUGGAGCCCGCUCCCCCCGCCGCGGCGGCGGCGGCGGGCGAGCCGGCGGCCUGGGCGGCGGAGGCGUUUGCGGAGCCGGAGCUGGGCUCGGAGGAGCUGGAGGCGGCGGGCGGCGCGCUGGACCGCGUCCUGCUGGAGUCGGUCUGCCAGCAGCAGGGCUGGCUCCGUGUCUACGAUGUGAAAGGACCACCUACACACCGACUGUCCUGCGGCCAGUCCCCCUACACCGAAACGACAACAUGGGAGAGGAAAUACUGCAUCCUGACAGACAGCCAGCUCGUGCUGCUCAACAGGGAGAAAGAGGUGCCUAUCGAUGGGGUCCAGGAGCCGCAGGCGGACGCUACCAAAGGGCGCUGCCUGCGCCGGACGGUGAGCGUCCCCUCCGAGGGCCAAUUCCCCGAGUACCCACCAGAGGGGGCCGCCAAACUAGAGGUCCCAGCAGAGAGAUCUCCUCGCAGACGGAGCAUCUCCGGGACCAGCACCUCUGAGAAAACCAACUCCAUGGAUGCUUCGAAUACUUCUCCUUUCAAAGUGCCAGGCUUCUUCAGUAAACGUCUGAAAGGGUCCAUCAAGAGGACAAAGAGUCAGUCAAAGCUGGACAGGAACACUAGUUUCCGUCUCCCGUCUCUCCGCAACGCUGAUGACAGGUCACGCGGAUUGCCAAAGCUGAAAGAGUCCCGUUCCCAUGAGUCCUUACUGAGCCCCGGCAGCGCCGUGGAGGCCCUGGACCUCGGGUCAGAAGAAAAAGUCUUCGUCAAGCCACUUCACAGCAGUAUCCUUGGACAAGACUUCUGCUUUGAGGUAACCUACUCCAGUGGCAGUAAAUGCUUCAGUUGUUCCUCUGCAGCGGAGAGGGACAAGUGGAUGGAAAAUCUACGCAGAACAGUGCAGCCAAAUAAGGACAACUGCCGUCGAGCGGAAAAUGUUCUCCGUCUCUGGAUCAUUGAGGCAAAGGACCUGGCCCCCAAGAAGAAAUACUUCUGUGAGCUGUGCCUUGAUGACACUCUCUUUGCCCGCACCACCAGCAAAACAAAAGCAGAUAACAUUUUCUGGGGAGAGCACUUUGAGUUCUACGGUCUCCCACCUCUUCACAGCAUCACAGUUCACAUCUACAAGGAUGUGGAGAAAAAGAAGAAAAAGGACAAGAACAAUUACGUAGGCCUGGUCAACAUUCCCAUGGCCAGUGUAACCGGUCGCCAGUUUGUGGAAAAAUGGUACCCGGUCAGCACACCUACACCCAACAAAGGGAAAUCGGGGGGACCUUCCAUUCGGAUAAAGUCCCGUUAUCAGACCAUCACCAUCUUGCCCAUGGAGCAAUACAAAGAAUUUGCAGAGUUUGUUACCAGCAACUACACUAUGCUGUGCUCAGUGCUGGAACCCGUGAUCAGCGUAAGGAAUAAGGAAGAGAUGGCCUGUGCUUUGGUGCACAUUCUUCAGAGCACCGGGAGAGCGAAGGACUUCUUGACGGAUUUGGUGAUGUCUGAGGUAGAUCGCUGUGGGGAGCAUGAUGUCUUGAUCUUCAGGGAGAACACACUUGCUACCAAAGCUAUUGAGGAAUACCUGAAGUUGGUAGGGCAGAAGUAUCUUCACGAUGCACUAGGGGAGUUUAUCAAGGCUUUGUAUGAGUCAGAUGAAAACUGUGAAGUGGAUCCCAGCAAAUGUUCAUCCAGUGAAUUAACAGAUCAUCAGAGCAACCUGAAGAUGUGUUGUGAGCUGGCCUUCUGCAAGAUUAUCAAUUCUUACUGCGUGUUCCCUCGCGAGCUGAAGGAGGUGUUUGCAUCUUGGAAGCAGCAGUGCCUGAGCAGGGGCAAGCAGGACAUCAGCGAACGCCUGAUCAGUGCCUCCCUCUUCCUUCGCUUCUUGUGCCCCGCUAUCAUGUCCCCCAGCCUCUUCAGCCUCAUGCAGGAGUACCCUGACGACCGGACAUCUCGCACGCUCACACUUAUUGCUAAAGUCAUUCAGAAUCUCGCCAAUUUUGCAAAGUUUGGUAAUAAGGAGGAGUAUAUGGCCUUCAUGAAUGACUUUUUGGAACACGAGUGGGGAGGAAUGAAGCGUUUUCUCCUGGAGAUCUCUAAUCCGGAUACCAUCUCCAACAUGCCUGGAUUUGAGGGCUACAUCGACCUGGGCAGAGAGCUCUCAGUUUUGCAUUCCCUCUUAUGGGAGGUUGUGUCCCAACUUGAUAAGGGUGAAAAUUCCUUCCUACAGGCGACCGUGGCAAAACUGGGACCUCUUCCUCGUAUUCUUGCCGAUAUCACCAAAUCAAUGACCAACCCUACGCCGAUACAGCAGCAGCUGAGGCGUUUCACUGAGCACAGCUCUAGUCCCAACGUCAGUGGCAGUCUCUCCUCAGGGCUUCAGAAGAUAUUUGAGGACCCCACUGAUGGUGACUUGCAUAAGCUGAAGUCUCCAACCCAGGAAAAUGUAGAUGGAUAUUUUAGGGGCAAGACCUUACUGUUGGUUCAGCAGGCAUCCACCCAGAGCAUGACCUACUCGGAUAAGGACGAAAGGGAAAGCCUCCUGCCCAACGGACGUAGCAUCUCCCUCAUGGACCUCCAGGACCCCCACACGGCUCACAGCGACCACGCUUCGAUGAUGCACGACGUGCCUUUGCGCCUGGCCGGCAGCCAGCUCUCCGUCACGCAGGUGGCCAACAUCAAACAGCUGUGGGAAACUCAGAGCACGCCCCAGAGCGCUCCCCAGGUGAGAAGGCCUCUGCACCCGGCUUUGAACCAACAGGGCAGCCUCCAGCCCCUGUCCUUCCAGAACCCCGUUUACCACCUCAACAACCCGACCCCGCCGAUGCCGAAGGCCUCCGUGGACUCCAGCCUGGAGAACCUGAGCACCGCCAGCUCCCGGAGCCGAAGCAACAGCGAAGACUUCAAACUCAGCGGCCCCAGCAACAGCAGCAUGGAGGACUUCACCAAACGCAGCACGCAGAGCGAGGACUUCUCCCGGCGCCACCCGGGCCCGGAUAAACCGGUCCCCAUCGCGCUGCCCCGCCAAAACAGCAGCAGCCAAGCGCAGAUCCGCAAAGUGGACCAAGGCGGGCUGGGCGCCCGGGCCAAGGCGCCGCAGUCCCUGCCGCACAGCGCUUCCCUGAGGAGCACCGGCAGCGUCUCGGGGGUGUCGGGGGCCGUGGCGACCGAAGCCCUGCAGAACGGGAGCCGCUCCCGGCAGCAGUCCUCCUCCUCCAGAGAGAGCCCUGUCCCGAAGGUGCGGGCAAUUCAGAGGCAGCAGACGCAGCAGGUUCAGUCCCCCGUGGACUCUGCCACGAUGUCCCCGGUGGAAAGGACGGCUGCGUGGGUUCUCAAUAAUGGCCAGUACGAAGAAGUAGAGGAGGACGCGGAGCAGAAUGCAGAUGAAGGCAAGCACGCCGAGAAGUACGAACAAGAGAUAGCGAAGCUGAAGGAGCGCCUGAAGGUGUCAAGUCGCCGGCUGGAGGAAUAUGAGCGGCGGCUCCUGGUGCAAGAGCAGCAAAUGCAGAAGCUGCUGAUGGAGUACAAGUCUAGGCUGGAAGACAGCGAGGAGAGACUGCGCAGGCAACAGGAGGAGAAGGACAGCCAGAUGAAAAGUAUCAUCAGCAGACUCAUGGCAGUGGAAGAGGAGCUGAAGAAGGAUCAUGCAGAGAUGCAAGCUGUCAUCGACGCAAAGCAGAAGAUUAUUGAUGCACAGGAGAAGCGGAUCGUGUCGCUGGACUCGGCCAACACGCGGCUGAUGAGUGCCCUGACGCAGGUGAAGGAGCGCUACAGCAUGCAAGUCCGCAAUGGCAUCUCCCCCACCAACCCCACCAAGCUUUCCAUCACGGAGAAUGGUUUACAUAAUGCUGCUAAUAAAAUGGAAAAGAGAAAGAAGAACUCUGAAGGGUGGGCUUUAAUUCCCCACUCAAGGCCAGGAGAACCGGGCUCCCGAGAACAAGUCCUUCCGUAUCACUGUGUAAAUAGAGGGAGCCCUUGGGUCAUGUACAGAAAACGCCGAUGUAAUAUACCAAAAGGAAGUGAAUACUGUAGAUUUUUUUAAUUAUUGCUAUUUUUAUUAUUAUUAUUUUUUUCUCUUGUUGAAAGCACUGCAGCCCUUGGAGGAGGAAGAGGGGAGUGUGAGUGCACGUGUGUUGUGGGUGAGAGAGAGAGAGAUGAGCAGGGGGUUACACCAGACAGCAGCUGUAUGUGUCAGGCUGACUGAGACAUGCGUGGAGUGAAAUCGCAGUGAAAUGAAUUCUGUAAGAAAACUCAUCUGCUGGUUUUAUUCCCCUCUUCUCUAGCUAUUCUUGAACUGAAUCCAAACUCGAUAGCAAACGCUUUAGCAAGAAAAUUGGCUCUUGCUGGGGCCCGUACCUACUUGUGGUAGGACUCCGGCAAAAAAACUGUCGGUCUUUUUGGCCAAGGUGAAAGCUCGGAGCCGCAAGCUCGUUUCCUUGCAUUUGCACACAGUCAGGCUUCCCAUCAGACAGACAGAGGGAAUCUGCAGUUUUUCACGGUAGGAUUCUUUCUUUUUUACCCCGGUUCUAAUGCAGUUUUAUAUUUUUCCGUUUGUGAGAAUUUACAGACCUGUAAAUACUUUUUUUUGUUGUUUGACGUGGGAUCCAGUCCCCGCUUGACGCAGCACGCGGCGGCGCCCUGAGCUCGCGCUCCCCCGGGCGCAGGCGGGCUGAUGCUCUGGGGAGGGGGCGAGCCGGAGGGCGCCGUGCCCAGCAAAGGCGGCGUCCGUAUGCAAAAUUUUCCUUUUCCCUCCAGGUUUUCUAUAUUUUAACUCUCGUUCCGUUUCACUGUUUCAGCCACUAGCUUAGCCAGUCCAGUUCCAAUGAAAGAUGCUUUCCGCACGUUUGUCUUUAAAAGAUCUUCCAUUUCCACUGAAAUUUUUCUUUCUCUGGAUACUUCAACGGGUUUUUAUGAAGUUCUGUACACUCUAUUUUUUUCUUAAGGAGUUUUGACUAAGCCUUCUUCUCCAAUUACUUUCAGUUGCAUUUCAUAGAAGCGCGAUUCCAGGCUGUAGGUGAAUGUGUAUAUAAUUACAAAGUGACCUUCUCGUGGAAGAUCGUGACACUCACAAACUGUAAAAGAUUAACAAUAAAUGACACAGGAUUGGCAGUUCUCAUGAUUUCAUCAAAUGCCACAAUAUUGAGUCUGAGGAGGGGUUUUUUUUUUAAAGCCCCAGAUUCUAGAGCCAAGCGAUAAGUGUGUGAAUCUUCACUUUCACUUUUUGGUGUACGUUUCUAGCCCCCAGACUCUCAAUGUUGAAUAAAAUUAUCGCAACAGCAAUUCAAAUUUUGAAUUACAGAAAUAUUCCGGUACCGGUGAGCGCGAUUAACCAUUCAAACAUGUUCUGGAAAUUGGAAAUUGGAAAAGCUGACUUCAGAAUGAGCCAAAACCUGGAGAGGGUGCCUCGGUGUGGGGCGUGUUUAACAAGCAAUUCAGGCCGCAACCAAGAAAUGAAUGAGGUGGCUCUGGGGGUACCUGGCUGAAAUCGUGCAGCCUGUGAUAUGGAGAAGGUCGGAGCCGAUGAGCUGAUGAUCCUUUCUGGCCUUCCUUUCUCAGUCUCUAAAACUGUGCUACGCUAAGAAUGUAGGAGUUUCUAAGCCAGUCCCUUCACCUCCCGAAAGCGACCCACGUUGCCUUCGACGCGAAGGGUCGCCAGCGCCGAGGACCCGAAUUCGGUGUCUGUUGUCAGGUUGGUUUGUUCUUGGGGAAGCGAGUUGACCUCAGCUCUGCGGGCAAAGGCAGGUUGUGACAGAGCGCUGCACGUCAACGGCUCGGCCUGGGUACUGUGCUCCGAUACUGCAGUUAAACGUCAUCACACACGCGUGUGACGUUCCGAGCUACGCCUAAACACAGGGACCACGUCUCCUGCGUUGUAAGCUGUACAAGACAAAUGUGUACGCGUCUGUCUUUCAGCGGGGCCUCGGCCAUUCAUUUACACCUACAGAAGACUCGUCUGCAGCGAGUUGGGAUUUAUAUUUAAUGCUUAGAUCUUUCGGGUCAAAGCUGCUCUGGCUGCUCGGAUGUGACCUGGUACUCCGGGCCGAGGAGCGUCCCUGCCCUCUCCUUGGAGCGUCCGUAGCGAAGUCAGCACUGUCUGACACACCUGGGGUCGUGCUCUGCGUUUGCUCAGUAGCGGUUUCUUUUCAAUACUUUCCAAACCGUCUUCCAGCUCUGGGUCAUCGCUGACCUCUGAUAUUUUCUUCCUCAAACUGUGCCUUUAAGUUCCUUCUUCUUUCCUACUUCCUUCGUGCACCACAGCCGUAGGCAGUCUAUCGAGUUUGUACCCAUCUGUCUUGUGAGUAGCUCUCUUUUACAAGAAACCUUUGCAACCCCCUUCUCGUUGAGUAUUUUGUGUGAUCUGCAGCUCCCCUUUGCUACGUACUGUAAUUACACAGCCGCAUCGUGGGAAAUUUGUUCCCCCAAAGUAGCCUUUUCGGACGGGAAACGUGCAUUGUUCGCUCACGACGCAGCGCAAAUGGUGUGGGUGUUCUGUGACUGAGGUGUGCGAGCAAGUGGUCGUAGGAAUGAAUGCAUGGACUAGGGCAAGGCAGAAGCAGAUACGUCGUUCUGGUAGCGUUGGUCUGGCAUGCGUUUGGGAAACGCAUUUCGCCGGAGCUCCCCAGGUUUCUGCCCAGCCAGCGCUCAGCGCGGAUCUCCGGCCGCUCUCUCUGGUUCGCUGCUGAAGGCUCCGGGGCGUCCACUGUGGUUUCUGCAGAGAAAUGCAACAGAGGCAGCAUUCCAGCCCUGGUUUUCGGAGGGGAAAUAAGACCUGCCCCAAGAUUGAUGGAUUUCGAUGUGGUCUUCAGUGAUGUAUCAUUCGAAUAAUGUACCUUCUCCUGUGUAUUUCUUAACCUUGUAGAAUGCUUGUAAGAAAAAGUUGCUGUUCUAAAAGAGUCUUGACCCAUCAGUAGCGUCCUCGCAGGUUGUUGCUAGGCUGGUUGUUUCUCUUCUGCUUCAUUUUCUACCCUAAAGUGCAAAGUGUACUUCUCUAACUCCCGCUAGAGAGGAGAAGCUGCCUGUUGACCCAAAAGGGAGUGAAGGUUGCAGACUCACAGAGCUGCGAGACUAAAAUUGAUGAGCUGCAGAACCAACCCUUACGCUCCCGAGUUCCGCAGGCAGCUGUCUCUCCUGGUUUGUUACCAAGAAGCUUUCCAGAGACAUUUUAAGCCGCUUCAAGCUGACACUAUGUGAAAAUGCCAGCUUCUAUUUUGUCCAGUCCCAUAAAAUUCAAGUAGCACUAAACCACGUGGCAGCCAAAAGGUCUGUCUGUUUGGGAGCAAGAGCUUUAACCGGGCCUGAUCGCGUUUGGUUUAGGAGAAGCAGCCAGUGGGUUUCUGCAGCAAUGGGAGAAGCAGUAAACAGUGCGAAGUCUGACGAUGAGCAUUGCAGACUUUAGGCUUUGGUUCGUACUUUCAGCACCUGCGUCAGGUUGUGUCUAGUGCUGUUACCAGGAACUGCUGCUCUCAUUUGGAAACAGCCGAAGUAGUGCAGGAAAAAUUUAAUAGCCUGUAGGAGUAACACCCCUCUGUCCCUAAAACCGAAACGGAGGCGCUGCCCCGUCCUGGCCUCUCAGCCCUCGCUGGCCACGUUACUCGGCGCUGUCCCGGGAUGGUUCUUCCCAAACCACGAAGCCACCCGGGGUUCCCGUUCCCGGGGCAGGGGGGGCAGCGGGGGCCCCUCGCCGCCCGGCGUGUGGGGAGCGGAGCCGACCGCGAUCACCCGGGAUCGGCGCUCGUGGAGGAGAGAGGGAGCACGGCCUCCGGGUGGCAUCCCGGACAUGCCCCUUCUUUGCAACUCUAGGAGUUCAGAUCCCUUUUGUUUUUUUGUUUUUUUUUUUUAAGAGAAUUAGACAGAUUUCACCUCCGGGAAUUGCCAACUCUUAUUCCCCUGGUGUAUUGGAAAUGGGCAGCUAUGCAUAAAAGCACAGAUUCGUACAGCUACACGUUUUUGCAACAUUCCUCUCCAGUGGCAUAACUUCGGCAGGGGAUCCAGAGGAGAGUGGAAAGGGACGUGUAUAUUUUCUAGUUAGAGAAGAUCCAGAGGUGUAUCCAGUAAUAGAUUCCGUAUGCAUCUCAUAAGUCAUCCAAGAAAUGGGUUUUAUUUUAUGUUCUUGUAAUUGCUUCGGGUUGGCUUAGGCUUUUUGGUUUUGACAUGAUAUACUGAUUUCAUGUUUUAAUGCUUGCUCAAACCCACCAGCUUUUAACUUCAUCUGAAAACUCACAGAUUGAAGCCCAUCGGUUUUACAGCAGUGCCCGUGGAAUGUGUCAGCAAUACUUCUCUGCUAAGGUCACCGUGUAUGUAUGAAUUCUGUUUGUGUUCUGCAAAAAUGUCUGUGUCAUUCCUGGAGAAUAAUUCCUGUCCGGGUUGAACCAUUAAAUGUAUUUCCAUCAGUGAGUAGCAUGGUCAGCCACAGGUAUCCAGCUGAGCCUGACAGAGCAAAAAGGGUUACAUUUUAGGCUGAUGCUUUUAGGUAUUUCUUUCUCCACAGUAAGUUAACUCCCGUGAGAGCGAGCAUGUCAUUACAGAUCAUGCCUGCCAGGAAUCCUACCUGUAAAAAUAGAUUUUCUGUCUCAAGGGCCUUAAUAAGAGUGUUACUACACAGAACUGUUUUACAAUGAUAGCUCUAAAUAAUUUAUUUUUUAUUUCAACAAAGUACACCUUAAAAAGUAAUAAACUUGUUUUUCAAGCCGUAUUUUUAUGCUAGUAGCACUGGACUGUUUGGUCUCUGAGAUCCAUUUCUGCAUUUCAUUGCCUGGGUUUGUUCUAAAGAAGAUUUAUUUUUGUUCUGUGAAUAAUUUUUGAAGGUUCUUGUAAUAUGUACAGAUAUAGAUACAUUUGAGGUCUUUUAUUGAUAUUCCUACAAAGAAUACAAAUAAACUUUAACUUUAAACAG